GACUUCCCUGUGUGGAUACUUGCUCCGUCGGGGUGAACACGAAAGAGGCAAUUCGGUUCAAGGAGCUACACCGAGCCUUUUCACAAAAAUACUUUGAUUUUGUACACAGAAAAUGGCGGUUCCUGCAGGUGCAAAUGUGCAGAUGAACACAGAAACAAAGAACGACCUUUCAAAUCCAUCUGAAAAUGACAUUCACUUUGACGAGAAAGAAUUGGAAAACAUCACAAAUCACGUCGAAGAUGGCACAACACUGCCCCUCCACUCUCCGUGGACAUUUUGGCUUGACAGGUCAUUGCCAGGGACAACAGCAGCAGAGUGCGAAUCCAAUCUGAAAAAGAUCUACACAGUACAAACUGUUCAGAGUUUCUGGAGUGUAUACAACAACAUCCCUCCUGUGACUACACUGCCUCUAAGAUGUAGUUAUCACUUAAUGCAUGGAGAGAGGAGGCCCCUAUGGGAAGAAGAAAGUAAUGCUAAAGGUGGAGUCUGGAAGAUGAAAGUACCAAAAGAAAGCACUUCUGCUGUUUGGAAGGAGUUGUUACUUGCCACGAUUGGAGAGCAGUUUGCAGAUUAUUGUGCUUCAGAGGAUGAAGUGGUUGGUGUAAGCGUUAGUAUUCGAGAUCGAGACGAUGUUGUUCAAGUCUGGAACGGAAAUGCAUCUCUUGCUAGUGAAGCGAAUAUCUUAGGGAAAGUCUAUGAACUCCUCCCGCACAUAACUUUUAAAGCAGUAUUUUAUAAAUCUCACAGAGAACAUCAUGCCUUUGAAGGAGGGCGUUCACGACAUUAGCCUCUGCACUUUUUGAUAAAGCUCUAUUCUCGCCUGGAUUUAACCUUCUCUCCUCAACUUAAUCUAAAAUAUAAUUUUGCAUUACUGUACAUCGAACCGAGGAAAACGUCAUAGAAUGUUAUUGAUAUAUAUUUUUAUAGAUUCAAAUGGCUGAGUUUCAGUCUGAUGCCUUUUAUUGUUUUUUUGUUUGUUCUUGAAACACAAUUCUAAAGAGAUUCUAUCUUUAAUGUACCGGUAGGUCUUUUUUAAUUUAGUCUGUCAUUUAA